AUGCAAUUCUCCAUACUUCUAUCCACCGCCCUACUGCUCUGCGCCAAUUCCGCCGUCAACGGCUUCCCACUGCUCGAAACACGGCAAACCAUCACUCCACCAGCAAGAUACUACCUCAACACGAAGGUCGUGAACGGAAAUCAUAAGGACACCGGCUCUAACAAAACGAACCUGUGGGUUUACUCACACCACACUGGUGCUGGUCUCGGUGAUGCGGGCCUUUCUUCCAACAAGUCAGUCGCCUGGGAGGGCUAUCUGAACGGCACUCAGCAGCUUUUCACCUAUGAAAACAACCAGAUAGGUCCCUGGCCUCUGGCCAUUACCACUGGCCCUUAUCAGCAAUGGAAUCCUGCUACCAUCAGCGUUGCAGACACUCCUUUGGAUGGCUUCUUCUUCAACUCUUCUGGCCUUCAGUACAAUUAUAGCACCGCUGGAUGGCUAGCAUGUGAUUGGUGGCACGGUGUCCCACAACUGUUCAACUUGAAUGGCUAUGCUUAUGGACCCAUUCCGAGCUCCUGUUCAAAGGUCCAACUCUUGCCCGUAGCGGUCUAA